ACGCCGACACUGACGCGCUCGUGUGUGAAUUGCUGUGCUGCACGAAACCGCAAAUGUCAAGGCGUUGCAGAAAAAGAGAGAAACAUGCUGCAAGGUUCAUGUCCCUUUCUAUUAAACAGACAUCGCUUUGAAUAAUAAGUAGUUCACUUCUCACCUUCUGCUUUUCGAGCGUGGGGGAAUUCAAUAGUGCUUACUUGGAGUCGAGUUGUUUCCACUUCUGCUAAGUGACUUCCCUGGUCUCCCUGGAUCCUUACAUCGAUGUUAAGUUGCUGACUUUUCUCUUCGACCGGAUUUGAGCGACACGGAAAGAUGAAGGAUCAAAACUUAACCGAUGAAGUGACUAAAAUCUUACAAGAGGCUCCUUCAGCCAGGAAAGCGCUGUUGGACAACUACAGCAACCUGCUGAAUGUGGCCGAGUAUUGUGAGAGUAACUACUUGCAGGCAGGGGUUGACUCUAGCAAGGCGCUGGAGGAGACUAGGAACUUUGCCACCCAGUCUCUGGCCAGUGUGGCCUACCAGAUCAGCACUCUGGCUACCAACGUGCUGAAGCUGCUGGACGCACAGACCUCCCAGCUGCUCCACAUGGAGUCCUCCGUCAACCUCAUCGGACAGACGGUGGACAUGCACAGAGAGAAGGUGGCCCGGAGGGAGAUUGGGGUGUUCACCACGGUGAAGAGGGUGCCGCGCAGCCACAAGAUCCUGCCCCCGCCCGAGGGCAAGGAACCCCGACCCCGCUACACCCGCUGCCCCAUCGCCUACUCCCACCUGGACGCUCUGGGCCACGGCAUGAAGGAUUCUGGGAAACAGCUGGAGAGAACAGGUACGACUCGUAAACACGGCAGCAGCAUCAGCAGGGGGGCCAAGCCUCCAGAGCCGGUUCAGUGCCCCGUGGCUCCCUCUCUGUCCAGAGGAGCUUCCCUCUCCUCCCUCAGUGAUCGCUCCACAGGGUCCAGUUUUGGCAAGGCUGUACCUGUAGCUCCACCCAUUGUGCCAAACUCACCUGAAUGUGACAUCAUCACCACACUGCUAGAAGAGGCUCCGCCCCCUCCCCCGCCUCUGUCGGACGCACAGGUGGAUGAGGGAACAGCUCCGCCCCCACCCCCUCCCCCCCCUCCUCCAGCUCCUGGUUCGUCUGUAGCCCCUCCUCCUGCCCCAGCCCCUCCCCCCCAGCACGCUGGACUCUCCUGCAUCCCUCCACCCCCGGCUCCGCCUCCGGCCCCACCCCUCCUGGGGCCCACCGCCUCUCUGGAGACACGCCUGAGUGGGACUGCUCUGUGUAGCCUCAUUUCCAGGCUUCAUCCCAGAGAACGAGUGGCUGAGGAGAACGGCUUCCCUCCCCCGUCCCCGCCCCCCCCGUCUGACGACUCCCUCCCCUCUCCAGCCAAUGAGGGCCUGGACCUCCUAGCCCCGCCCCCUCCGCCUAGUGUGGAUCCUGAGGAAGUCAUGAUCCCCCCUCCCCCUCCAUACCCUCCCCCCAUGGCCCCCACUGUUCCCAUUUCCCCCCUGCCCCCCCUCUCCUCCCCUCGGCCGCUACACAGCCUCCCUGCCCGCCUGGAGCACCUGGAUCUGGAAAUCCCAAGCCUGCCCCCUCCACCGCUAUUGGAUGAUGAGGGGGGAUUUGACGGCAUCAUGCCACCCCUUCCUCCCCCGGUGGACUAUGAUACACUGGCACCACCUGAAUACCUGGAGAAGGUGGUGGCGCUGUACCAGUUUGACACAGGUAAGCCAGGUGACCUGGCGUUCCAGGAGGGGGAUGUGAUCUUCGUGACGAGCAGGAACGAGGACGGCUGGUGUGAGGGCAUGCUGCGCGGCCAGGGGGGAUUCUUCCCCGGGAACUACGUCCAGUCCACCUGUUAAAACCAACACACACACACACACCACACACACACACACCACACACACACACCACACACACACACACCACACACACACCCAUCUGGCGGUGUUCGUUAGAGAGCCGUCUUAUUACAAAGAGGAUAUUCUACUUGCUGGAAAUUGAGAAAACAUUUAGAGAACUAUUUGGGGAGAAAAUGAAUUCCUUUGUAACUGAUUAAGCAGAUUUUAUCUUUUGUACCAUUUGGAAAUAUUUGAUUUCAUUUGCAAUUGGUUAUGUAGAAAUGCUAUAUAUACAAUGUUCACUUAUUUGAGUGUAAAAUCUAUUAGAGCAGAUCGAUAUUUAGAUGUUCCUGCUGUUGCAACCUGACUGGAACAGAAUGAUAGUUUACAAUUCCAGGGGGCUGUUCGCAGUGGAUCACUAAGUAAAGAAGUGGUUCACCUUUUUAAAGACAUCUUCUGCCCUCUACUGGCUGUUUUUCGAAUCGACACACAUAUUUUUUUUUAACAAAGCUUCAAUUGUUUUUAAUAGAAAAAACAAUCAUUCCAUUGAGAAAGUGCUUGUUUAGUUAGAAUGUGGUUGCAAGAAGCUAGUGGUUAGCAGCUGGUGUAUCUGCUGAGUGUAAAGGUAUAUAAUAAUAAAAUUAAUAAUACUUAAUUUAUAUUGCACAUUUCAUACAAGAAUUGCAGCUCAAUGUGCUUUACAUAAAACCAAUAAAACCAAUAAUAUAAGUAAUAAAACCUUUCUGAAAACAGGCCGCAGUCUUUGCGGUAAUCCAAAAGACACAAGCUACAGUCUUUGCGGUAUCUCCUAUCAGGUUCAUGUCUCAGUUCUAAGUACCAGGUUCAAGUUCUGACUUCCUGUCUCUGGCGAAUACUGUGAAAUAGGCUAGGCUGCUUAGAGGUGGUGUCAUAGGUGGUGAUAGAGGAGAAGUGGUGUUAGAGGAGAGGUUAGAGGAGAUGUGGUGAUAGAGGAGAGGUUAGAGGAGAGGUGGUGUUAGAGGAGAGGUUAGAGGAGAGGUUAGAGGAGAUGUGGUGAUAGAGGAGAGGUUAGAGGAGAUGUGGUGAUAGAGGAGAGGUUAGAGGAGAGGUGGUGUUAGAGGAGAGGUUGUGUUAGAGGAGAGGUGGUGUUAGAGGAUUACAUUCAGGAUGGAUAUUGUGACACAGGCUAGGCUGCAUCCUGUAAAUUCAGGACGGAAACAAAGAUAACAAGGAUGAGAUAAAUAGACAUAAAAUAAGAAAGUAUUAAAGAAGGAACAAAUAUGUAAAACAGAAAGAAAUAAGGAAUGAAAGGGAAUAAUAAUAAUAAGAAAAAGGGAAAUUAGAGAACGAGAGAAUAAACAUGUAUGUAUGUAGUUUACAGUAAUCCACCUGGGCGAGGUUUGGAUUGUACUGGUUUUAGCAAACUUUGGGGAAUAUCUUUACUGUAAAACAAUAUGAUACUAUUGUUAGUGGGUUUGUCAGAUUGGCAGUAAUGUAAAAGUCUGGGGGUAUUUCAGUAUUAACUUUGCAAUAAGUAAGUGUAUAUAUCAUUUUGAAUUUUAUUUUGUGGAACUAAUACAUUUGGUGUUUUGUUUUGAACUAAUACAAAUUAAUAUAUGAAAUUAGAGUAUGCAGUAUAAAAAUAUUUUUAUUUCUUGUCAGUUUUGUUGAAAAUAUUCAGUAGAAAAAUGGUUUGAGAUUUUUACAGAUGAUUUGAAAUGAUCAAUGCUCUUGCUUUUAGCUUUGUAAAAGAAAAUAAUAAAUACAAAAAUAAUUGUGUUUUGAAUAUAA